CUCCUGCUUAAGACAAAUUGGUUUCUGUACUUCUUAUCCUUACAAUUACAUAUCUACAAAAUUGACAAAAGACUUGCGUAACGCGCGUCAUGCUCGUGUAGAAGUUGCCCACGGAGGCCCUUACAUUAGCGCCCAGGGUCCACAAUGUUCAAGAACGCUUUUCAAUCCGGCUUUUUGUCGGUGCUAUAUAGCAUUGGCUCGAAGCCUCUAGAGAUUUGGGACAAGCAAGUUAGCAAUGGGCACAUCAAGCGCAUCACAGACACAGACAUCCAGUCCUCAGUGCUGGAGAUUAUGGGGCAGAAUGUCUCAACAACAUACAUCACAUGCCCAGCAGAUCCCAACAAGACGUUGGGGAUUAAGCUGCCUUUCCUGGUUCUCAUUAUCAAGAACCUCAACAAGUACUUCAGCUUUGAGGUACAAGUGCUGGACGACAAGAACGUGCGGAGACGCUUCCGCGCGUCGAACUAUCAGUCAACGACGCGCGUAAAGCCUUUCAUUUGCACUAUGCCAAUGAGGCUGGACAGCGGGUGGAACCAGAUCCAGUUCAACCUGUCGGACUUCACGCGCCGUGCCUACGGGACGAACUACAUCGAGACGCUCCGAGUGCAGGUCCACGCGAACUGCCGCAUUCGGCGCAUUUACUUCUCCGACCGCCUGUAUUCAGAAGAGGAGCUCCCCGCCGAGUUCAAGCUGUUCCUGCCGAUCCAGAAAUCGUGAACGGACGGAGCGCUUGGACGUGGGUGGACAUGUUACGAGAGCAGCCUGAGCGCGUGUGAGUAGGUGCGAGUGCGAUCAGCCGGGCUGCUAGCUGCCAACAACCAGGCUGAUGAAUUUCAGCGCCGCGCCGCUGCCGUGCGACAGCAUCCUAAGCUGCGCCUAGAUGGCUAGAGAUGCGGGCACGCAUGGGGGGUGGGGGUUUCUUGUAAUGGUACGUGGCUGGCAUUGCUGGAUACGAGGUAGGAGUUUCUGUACAUGGACUAUGAUGGACUGGAGGCAGAGGAUGCUGCUUUGGUGUAUUCGCAUUACUGACGGGCUAAGACCAACACCUAAUGACCUGACUAUGCAAUGACCUAAGUGUCGUGAAGGCAUAAAUAGGCCAAAAUGGGCCCUGCCCUUUGUGGCAUUCGCAAUUGUUGUUGACCGACCGAGUUUUCUUGUUGACCGCAUGCACAACAGAACAGGG